AUGCCGAUCCGUCCGGUUCUCCUCAUUGCCUGCCUUCUCGAUCGUUCCACUGGCACCCUCCACUUUCACAUUCUCGGAUGGAAGGCUUCCGAACAUUCGGAGCACUCGCCACGUCUUCUCUUCGAAUUGCGAAAGAUGCACGUGAAGAUGCAGCUGAACGGAGGGAUGGAAUGGAAUCUCGAAGAGGACAAUAUCAGCCAGAUGACCGUCUCCGAAGCAUACGCUCAGGAAUUGAUCGAACAGUCGGUGGCCAACUUCAUUCGCGAGUGCCUCGGUCGUCUGGAUGAGCAGUGCUAA